AUGGAUUUCCUUGACAGAUCACCUGGGCAAGUCAGGGACUUCAAGAAAGAUGACUUUGAGGCAGACUGGAUUAAGGUGACAGAAGGUAGAUGUGGACAGGUGUACCAGGUCAAGCUUAAACUCUGGCGGGAAAAAUGUGCCCUGAAAAGCUUUGACACAACUUGUGGAAACAACUUUUACAGAAUAAUAGAAGAGGCACCCAACAUAAUCAGAGUGAAAUACAAGUACAUCGCGUCCAUCUAUGGACUGUGCACUGAAGCGACUGCCAUGGUGAUCGAGUACAUGAGUAAUGGAUCUCUGAACACUCUCCUAGCCGAUCACACUUUGAUGUGGCCAAAGAAGUUCCAGAUGAUUCAUGAGAUCUCAAUGGGUAUGAAUUUCCUCCACAGCAUGAAUCCUCCGCUACUCCAUCUUAACCUCAAGACGUCCAACAUCCUAUUAGAUGAUCAUCUCCAUAUCAAGAUUUCAGAUUAUGGUUUAAUCCACUGGGAAGAGGACAUGAGCAAGAACAUGUUCAUGGAGAUUCUGACAGCAAGAGGGAGCAUUAAUUACAUUCCUCCAGAGACCUUCAGUCAGUGGCCUGAUCCUCCAGGAGUUACCUUUGAUAUCUACAGCUUUGGAAUUGUGGUGUGGGAGAUCCUGACACAGCAGAAACCAUAUGCAGGGUGCACUAUGACUUCAGUGCUCUUGCAGGUGUCACAGGGUAAACGACCCUGUCUGAAUAUGAUACCUGAUGAGAGGCCCGAUGAGUGUGAUGAGAUGGUCAACAUCAUGCAGCAGUGCUGGGACCAGAAUCAGACGAAGAGGCCACAGUUCUCAGACAUCGUGAGGAAAACUGAAGCUCUGAGUGAAGUCCUAAAGAUCCCAGGACCAAUCCGCUGUCACAGAAAUCCUGAUGAGAGACAGAAAACAGAUGAUGGCCAUGGAAAGGAUAAAAUUCUCUCUCUGCUCUCCAAAAAGGAUUUUAGUAGUUUCAGACAGUCUGUGAAAACAGAACAUGUACACACCCAGUUUUCAGGGGAAAAGAGCCUCCUUUUCUACACGGUAGCCAGCGGGGAUGCAGAAAGCGUCAUGCAUGUCCUGAGUUUGGGUGCUGACAUCAACAGUGCGACUUCCAGGGGUUACACUCCUCUCAUUAUUGCUGUCCUGCACAGGCUUCAUGACAUCAUCUCUUUGUUGCUGGAACAUGGUGCAGCAACCACCCAGGGAGAUGAGGAUCAGUGGACAGCACUACAUUUUGCUGCCCAGAACGGUGACGACAGGACUGUACGUCUCCUUUUGGACAAAGGAGCUAUACCGGAUGCCAAGGAAAAAUCUGGUUGGAUGCCCCUCCAUCUGGCCUGCCAGAAUGGCCACGAAACAGUGGUGCGCCUGCUGCUUUCAAGGCUGUCAGAGGAAGCAGUCGGAGAACGAGAGGAGGCACAAGGGAGGACACCGCUCCACCUUGCCUCUGCCUAUGGGCAUGUAAAUAUUGCCAAGCUCCUCCUCUCUCAGGGAGCAGAUCCCAACUCUACUGACUUCUUUCUCGCCACUCCCCUUCACUUAUCCGCUGAGGAAGGCCAUAACAGAGUAGUCAGACAGUUGGUGAAAAGUGGGGUGAAUAUCGACAGUGCAGACAGCAGAGGAUACACCCCACUUCACCUGGCUGCUCUGAAUGGUCAUACAGGCAUAUGCAGGCAGCUGUUCUCAAACGGGGCCAGCCCAGACUCCAGGAACCACCGAGGUUGGACUCCCAUGCACUCGGCUGUCAUAAGGGGACAUGAAGCCACUGUGAUUCAGCUUGAGAGCCUGGGUGGUUGUGUGAAUGCUACAGGUGAGAAGGGAUGGACCCCGCUCCACCUUGCCUGCCACCUAAAUCAGCCACAGGUGGUGGCAAAUCUCCUAGCAGCCAAAGCAAACCCAAAUGUGGCAGAGGACAGUGAAGGAUGGACCCCGCUACAUGUAGCCUGUAGCAGCGGCAGUUUCUCAAGUGUCCUCCACUUGAUAUCACAUCAUGCAGAUGUCAAUGCAGUAAAUUCAAGUAAGACAACACCUUUACACCUGGCUGCCAUGGGUAGCUCUGUGCCUAUUGUAAAGGCUCUACUGCUGAAUGGAGCAGACAGGACACUGCUGGACUCCUCUGGAUCCACAGCUUUGAAUGUGGCCCAGAGUUAUGAAAAAUUGGAAAUAGCGCAAUUACUGGAGAAGGGAUGUUAA